AUGUCUUCGCCACCUCUUCCGACUCAUUUCACCUUCAAAGUGCCCCAGCCUCGAGACUCGCCUCAAGUAGCAGGUUUCCAAUCGAACUCGACAUCCUACUCGUCUUCUUUGGGACGGUCCUUUGGGAACGCCUUUAGGCAAGAUCCGGGCGAGCAUAUCAUCCCCGGUGGCGACUUCGAUGGGUUCUCCAGCUCUCCAGCUCCCCGAUCCUCUCACCAGAGGGAGCAGCAAUCUAUCUGGGGAACCAAUUCGCUCGGGCCGACGAGGUAUCAGACCUCCGCGACUCGUGGCCACCAACAGAGCGAUUCGAUGGACUCCAAGAUGGGUAGCUUCGAUGCGCCAUCAGCCGGCUUUAUUGGCAUGGCGAUCACGAUGAACGACCGUCCAGGGUCGUACCAACCUCCCGACACUCAUCCGAAUAUGAUGCCGUCGACGCCCGUGCCGAUUCCGUCUCGUGCGCCUCCUCAUUCCAGCCAAUCUUGGGAAGCGCGUAACCCGCCGCCGUUAUCCUCUGCCUCGAGCGCGGCCUAUACGACGGCCAUGACGCCUUCGACAGGUCGACAGGUCAUGUCAUACCCUACAAUGGGUUUUCAUAUUAAGAACAGCUACGAUUCGCCUCCCUCUUGGCAUCUCGAUCCGCCCUCUUAUCACCAGCAGCCCCAGCAGCAGAUGAUGACCGCGCAUGUCUACGCCACACCCACGCCAACGAGCCGACGUCCAGCUCAUCUGAUGACGACUCCGAGUUCGGCUCCGAUGGGGGACAAGUUCAAGUUUCUCCCUCCUCGACAGCUUCCUGGAUCGAUCUCUCAGCCCCACUUUAUCCUUCCGGCCCCGACGAACAUGGUGAAUAGCGACGGACAAGGUCUCCCCGCAAGCUCUCCUCCCACCGAUGAUGGCCCGUCUCGCCGUCAUUGGCCGACAAGCAGCGACAUUUUCAUGGCGCAAUACGAGAAUUCCUUUGACCCGCUCGGGAGGCCGAUCAUGAAACGUUCGUCGACCGCGAGACCCAGCAAGGAACACCGAUGCCCGACUUGCCACAAGGUGUUUGCGAGGCCCUCUGCACUGCAGACUCAUCAAGCCGUUCACACUGGCGCGAAACCGUUCCAAUGUCCGAUCCUCUCAUGCGGCAAGAGAUUCUCGGUUCUCUCCAAUAUGCGACGUCACGUGCGGACGCACGAUCAACACCCCGACCAGUCGAGGUCUCGUGAGACUGGCAUGGGCUACUUUUCCGGCGACGAAUACGAGGGUAAUGCCAGCGACGAGUAUUCCUCCCCUCCUCAGUUCCGGUCUCCCAAUCAAGAUCGAUCCAAGCGUCGCGCCAAGCAAGAGCCAGACGACAUCGCUUUCGACAGCGCGGCCCUGGGAAAUGCUGCUGCCGUUCCAUACUACCAGCCGCACCCCAUCUACCACUUCGGGAUGUCUUCUUCCGGGUUGAAUUAG